AGGUGGUCGUCUUGCCAAAAGGACCCAUGAAUAUUCUGGAAAUCCAGCCUUUCCAAUCCCAGGCGGGCAUCCUUGCCAUGAUUUUAGACCAUUCAAGGAAUGAAUUAAUUGUGGCUUCGGCCAACGAGGUGGUGCAGCUCCCCAUGGCCUCUUGUGGGGCAUAUCAGAACAACUGUGGGAGCUGUGUGCUGUCCAGAGACCCCUACUGCGGAUGGAUCAACGAGGAAUGUACUUCUAUUUAUGAGCAGGAAAAUGGAACCUUAUUGCAGUCUCUAAGCCAUGAUGUCCCUCGGAACAUUUGUCCUACUUCAAACAACUUGACCUCCGAAG